ACAGAGACCACAGACCAGUGUGAGAAAGAAGUCUUACAGAAUCACAACCAGGCAUUACCCAUUCACUUUCAAAACAACUGAAUACAACUGUCAACAAACUCCAGUCAGAAAUAAAGACGUUUUUGUUCAUUAAAUCAGGACAUGCGAACAACUGCAUGCGCCUCUCCAAAACAGCAAUUUACUUUAUCCACGCUCCACAGUGAAACUUUCAUCUCUGACAUCGUCGGACAAGCUGACCAGACCAGAGGUAAUCUACAACCUGCCAGACUCGCCUUUAAGUGUAUCAUCGCUGGUGUUCAUCAUGGGAAGCAAGACUCUUGCUGCACCUGUUCCCAUUCAUCCAUCUUUACAACUGGCCAACUACUCUCUUUUGCAAGCUUCCAGUGGGUUUCGACUGCCAUCCGACCAGCUACCAGACAUCUAUGGCUUUAGUGCCCUUCAAGCUGUCCAUCUCCACCACUGGACCCUCGGAUACCCUCCAAUGGGGCUACCUCGCUCUUCCUUCUCCAAAAUCCCUGCUCUGGUGGAUGGCAGGUUCCAGUUACCUGCCAUUCCAAUCUUCCCCCACAUCAUCCAGCCAAAACAAGAUGCCACCAACCUGCCAGCCAAAACCAAGCCUAGGUUUGAUUUUGCCAACCUGGCGGUAGCUGCCACCCAAGAGGACCAUUACACUUCUAAGGCAGAAGAUCUGAGCUCCCCUCCGGCCAUCAGCUCCUUUCUUGACAUAACAAAGCUGUCGCCGGAAAGGAAACCUAGCAGAGGAAGGUUGCCUUCAAAAACCAAAAAGGAAUUUGUUUGUAAAUUCUGUGGGAGGCACUUUACCAAAUCGUAUAAUCUUCUAAUUCAUGAAAGAACGCAUACUGACGAGAGACCAUACAUAUGUGACAUUUGCCAUAAAGCUUUCAGGAGGCAAGAUCAUCUCAGAGAUCACAGGUAUAUCCAUUCCAAAGAAAAGCCCUUCAAGUGUCAGGAAUGUGGGAAAGGAUUUUGCCAAUCCAGGACACUGGCUGUCCACAAAACACUGCACAUGCAGGUCAAGGAGCUCAAACCUUCAAAGAUAAAAUGCUAGAAGGACUUCUGCGAAGUGAUAACAUAUAAAAGUGAUAAGGGUGCACUGGAAAAGAAAAUGCUCAAAAUGAAAUGUUUGUGUGCAAGAGCACAACAGAAAUGUGGUGGUGACAAAGGAGAGCCAUCAACUCAAAUCAUUGUAAAAGACAACAGUCUUCAUUCUGAGGAGCAGCUGCACCGCCUGAACAUGGAUGCCUAAAAGCAACCUGGAAAGUUGCCUUCUAAAAACAAAAAAAGCCAUAAUUUAUGACUAGACUCAUGUAACGCGAUUGUAAAUCUUGGACUAAGACUACACUUAAAACGUUUGAUGAAAGGAAUGCUUUUGCCUCAGAUAAAGUUUAUUUAGGACAUACAAACUUCAUUUAAUGGACACAAGAACUUUAUGAACCUUAUCAGUCUUGUGUAAUGGGCUGCAACUGUAAGCGACCAGCAGAAUAAAUCUGUGGAAUGUGAUCUCACUCCUCCAGAAGUUUCAUGGGCUACAGGCUUUUACCAAACUCUGUAACUGAGCCUGAGAAAGCCACGGGCGACUAAAAAAAAAAAUGCUAUGCUAUGCUAUGCUCAGUGCAGUGUUUCAUUUUAAAGUGGUAAAACUGUCCGAAUCAAGGACACCUACCAUUUUAUAGAAUACAUUGUUUUUGUACAGAUUAUUUGUUAAAACUGUUAUUUGGCACUUUACGCUGGUUAUUGAUUAUUUACAUAUAUAUCACUGGAUUUCCUAAACUUAUUUUUAAAUAAAUAGUCAUUUUAUAAACAAAAA